AGAUGAUAACAAACAAUUGACAAACGAUUUGUUCUGGUUGCAAAUGAAAAGGUGUGUGCUAAGUGUAAAAAAUUGAAAACUGGAUGGGAGUGUGUAUCAACCGGUAUAAUUAAAUUGUCUGGUGAAUAUUUUGAAUUGUCUGACAAAGGAAUUGUCUAAAAAUCUGUGAUGUGAUUGUUUGCCCAUGGAAAGCAGCUACAUUGACCAAAAUGAAAAAAUCCAGUGUCUGGGCGAGGAUCGCGACCAAAAUAAAAAGUUAUCAUUUGAGUUUAAUGACCAGAAGUCACAGCUCCCUCAUAAGGUACCUGUGGUUGAUCAUGCCGUGCAACGUGAUGUACCAGCUUCUGCCUGUGUUAUCACUGCACCCAAGAACAUUCCUUCAUCAGUCAGUUAUGAUAAGUUGUGCUUGUCCCUCCUGAGUGGCUUGCCAAAUGAACAAGAAUUUGCUCUCAAUGUGUGCACCAUCCUUUCUAAUGAAGGCAGCUAUUCCAUUCAUUUGGAGAAGGCACCUAAAUUGGUGGACCUUUUGGUGGCACAAGCAGGUGUUUGGAAUGAAGGACCUUCCUCUCUUAAAUCAUUAUAUUUGGAAAAUUGGAAAGAUAUUGAAGGAAGAAACAUGCAGCGUUUCUGGCAAAGCACACUUGAUUUGCAAAAUUCUCCAUUUCUAAAGACUUUAGGAUUUGAUUUUGGUGAAUGUGAUUCUAAUGAGGUGCUGUUGAACUUAGAAGAUGAUCUGGGUUCUGUAAAUUUAGAAGGACAAAGAGUAUUAAGGGUUGCCUUGAUACUUCAUAAUUUAUCAUUUGAAAAGAAUAAUGUUCCUGUUUUAGUUCGCAGUUCCAUUUUUAUGAAGUUUUUGUUACUUUGUAUUCAUUCUUCUUGGGCUAAUCUCAGACAGACAGCUUAUGAUACCUUGGCCAAUCUGGCAUCAGAAAUAGAUUUGCAUAUCGAGAAAGACAGCUGUUCCCGUGUAUUAUUUGAAACUGUGAUAAAAGGCUUGCAGUCUCGAGACAGGUUCAUGAGUAUUCGGUCAAUGGAUAUCUUAUCUCAGUUAUGCGGUCGUGAUCUCAAUGAAGAUAUUAUACCUUCACGAUUAGAUAUGGAGAUAUAUCAGCAAAUGGUAUCGUAUUUGACUGUUCAUGACAUCAUGCUCCUGUUUUAUACACUGGAAGCACUUUAUGCUCUGUCUGAUCUAGGAAGAUAUGCUUGUGACAAAAUUGCCUGUGUGCAUGGCUCAAUAGGUAUUCUUGUCAGUUUGCUGACUUUAGAACCAAGUCAAUAUGGGAGUUCUGCUGAGAUCAAAAUGAAAAUUGUGGAAAUUUUAGUUCCUGCUGAUCCAGACUGUGAGAAGGAACAGUCAGUUUCCAUAUCAUCUGAAACUACUACUACUACUGCUACUUCUACUACUUCAGUGGUUACUACAACUUCAUCUAGUAAUGACAAUUCUGAAGCUUUUGCCAUUAAUUGGCUGAAAUCGAAUUAUGAAGCAUGUCCAUCAGGAAGCAUGAUUUCUCGCAAUGAUAUCUAUGCUGAAUACGUUGGAUAUUGUACAAAAGCAGGACGAAAGGGUGUGAUCAAUGCAAAUAUCUUUGGAAACUGUGUGAAGAGCAGUUUCCCACAAACCGAAUUAAAAAAGGUUCAGUCUAAAACUGGUAUAAUAACUUUUCAUCAUGAUGGUCUUAGAAAGAAAAAAGCUGCAUUGCCUCAACCUGUUCUCCCUUCAAUCAGAAUAUCUAAUAAUACUGCUCCAAGCAGCUCUGUAUCCACUAUUUCAAUUUCUUCUCCAAAACCCAUCCAAAGUCCCAUCCUCAAAGCUCAUCUGUCUACAUCAACUACUAAGAGUGAAGUCUUAUCCCCUUCCAUAAAAUCACCUGUCCCUCCAAAAGCACAAACUCCUGUGCCUCUUAGACCUGCCAUUCCUGCCUCUCAAGGCAACAGCACCCUCAUCAAAAGCCUGCUGGCCAGUAAAGUGCAACAAAAGACCCUUCAACGACAGGUCAUUCCUCAGAAUGUUUCCAAGAUGGUUAUUAUCUCACCAGGAACCUCAUUGAAUCCUGGCUCCUCUCCUGGCCUUGUGCGUUGCGUGGUGCCACAGAUGAACAUUCGGCCUAAUUUGCAGGCCCGUAUAGUUGGAAAUAAAGGAUGUUUAAUAACUUCUAAUCCAACUCAAAUCCUCCAGUCUUCACCUAUCCUAUCCACGGUCAUGCCACAUAAAGUGUUCCAACAGCAAGCUGUGAUAGCAACCUCCUCACCUACUUCUCAUUUGAAUGGUAUCCAAGGCAGUGAACAAAUGGAGGUUUGCACUCCAGCUGUUGAGACCAAGGCAUCAGAAGUUAUUCAGACUCAAGUCAUUCAAACCCACCCUGUGCAGAAUCAUGUUGCAAAUGAUUCAGCAUCUAGAGAUAACCCUUCUAAUGAUUUAAAUAAUUUGCAAUGCUCUGAAGACAAAGUUUUGAAUAAUGUCUCUGAGCCAAACUUUAUACUCUCACAAAUUCAGGGAAAUACUGUGACCUAUAGACUUGCUGGACCCAAUGAAGUUCCCAUUGUUGGGAAUCGUUUAUUUGUGCAAUCCAAGCCAUCAGGAGAUGGACUAUCACUUUCAAAUGAACCCAAUGGCACUAAUGUAUUUCCAAAUACCAAAACUACAUCAAAUUGCAUGUCUUUACCUCUAAUUCAACCCAAAAUUGAAUCUGCUCCAUCUGGAGUUGCAAAGCCAUCUUUAGGUAUUAUAGAAGAACAACCUGCUGACCAAGCACCAGUACCACAAGUAAGAAAGGUAGAGAUAUGCAAGAAAUCUCCUUUAUUGAAUGGACUGCUAGAUAAAGGCAAGCCAUCUAUAAAAGGAGAUAUUCUUUUCAAUGCACUGGUGGAAAAUGGUAUUGAAGCCAGUGAUGUUGGUCUGGAACUGCCUAAAUCUCCUUCUCCUGUGCAUAUACCUGUACAGCCUAAACUUAUACCAGUAUCUCCUGCUUUAAACUCAAUUGUAUUACCUGCAUCAUCACUGAAUUCUGUUCUCAUCCCUACUUCUUCAUUGACAUCUGGUAUUCUACCAUUGUCUUCCUCAUCAAACACUGUCAUCACUUCUUAUAUAUUAACCUCACCCACAUCAGUUGCAACUCCUGCUGUGUCACUGAAUUCAAAUGGGGCCAAUGUGGUGCAGAUUCGUACUGGGAAAACCACUUUCUCUGGGACUGCUGAAGUGCAGCCAGACCAAAAAGGUGUAGUGCGGCUGCAUAUUGAAAGCCCUGAAAAUUCUAACCAGGGAUCAGAUUUGUCUUCGAUUUCAGAUAUAGCACGGACUUUAGAAUGUGCUUCUGAAGCUAUUUCGAAAACUAAUGCAGAAUGUAACACGCAAGUGCCUCAGACUUGUGCAGUGACAACAGUGACAACCAUGAUUGGUUCUAACCCAACAACCGUGAUCAGUUCAAAUACUCCUGCUACUUUGGCAAGAGCCAAUCAACAAAUAAUUGUUGUGACCCCAACUCUGAAUCAACCGCAGCUACAGUUGCAGUCACCUAACAUCAAAUUUUGUAUACUUCACACAAUGCCAAUGGCAGAAGAUGGUGUGGACUCUGUAGCAGUACCUCAAAUAAAUUUGAAUCAGCUUAAUCAAAUACAACAGCAACCCAUACUGGAAACCACUUCCGUUUCAUCCCUUAAUUUAAAAAGGCCGUCCAGUGAUCCAUCACCCAUGUGUGUUGUGAGUAAUACAAAGAAACCUCGAGUGGAGCAGCAGACUCUUCAGUCAUCCCCUGGAGUUAUUACAGUUGCUUCCCCAAGUGCAGAUAUCAAACCUUCUGAACCCUGCACAAAAGCUGUUUCCAUAGAUAAUCUUAAACUUGCACCUAAAAUAAAUACUGUUAAACCAGUUCAGGUUCAGAGCACCACUGACCUUCCCAGUGAAAAAGAGGUGAAAACACUUUCUGGUUUGUUAUCAACUGGAGGAAGUACUUUAGUGACUGCUACACCUUCAACUUCUUCAAAAAAGGGGUCAUCAAAACUGGAAUUUGUUUGUGAAUGGAAGGACUGCAAUUUAAAAUUUUCCAACCCUGGUUCAGUAUUUCUUCAUGCAAGUAAAGUCCAUACACCUCCUUGUGAGGGAGAUAUGGUCUGCUUAUGGGAGGGUUGCGAUACAAUGAAGAGGAAGCGAUUUUCAUUGCUCACACAUUUGCAGGAUUGGCAUUGCAAUGAACGAGUAUUGCACACUCAGGCAAUGCGCAGAAGACAGAUAGAGCAGCAAGGUAAAACCACUCUGGCGCCACCUCAGAAGCCGCCUCCACAUCCUGGCUAUGCACCUGAUGCUGCUGUCUUGGCGAUCAAAAGGCAUGCUCUGCAAUAUGUCAAUCCAAAAGAACUCUCAGAAGAGAAAGAAAGUGCACUGACUAAAAGCAUCCGCCUCACCAGUGCUCUUAUCUUAAGAAAUUUAGUGACACAUAGUGCUCUUGCCAGAACGUAUACAAGGAGAUUUGAAGCAGAGUUAGCCUACCUCGCCAUGUCCCCUGUUGAGUCAGCCAAAGCCAUCGCCCAGUGCCUCGCCCAUCUUUCUAGGUCCAGUGAUUGAACCUAUUCUGAUGCCCUCUGAGUAGGACAUGAAGGCAUUCCCUUGGAAAGGAGAAUACUGCUGCUCUCAGUGGAUUUGUUGUACUUAAAAUCAUUUCAUGUUGUGAAUUUGAUUUUCUGUUUAUGUGGACAGCCCAAGGGCUUUAAAGCAGAUUUUAUGCAUUUCAGGACUGGAAGACUAUAUUUUAAAGAGUCUGUUGAUCAACACUGUGUUUUUAAAACUGCAACUGGGGGUCAAAACUCUAUAAUCACACCAUCAUUGUUGAAUGUGAAGUACACUUAUUUUGCGAAACAUUGAUUUCGUGCCGGGCUUGUUGGGCAAUAUUGGUUGUGCUUCAGUGUUUCAAAAUGCUUCUUUGUGAUUGCAUGUUUCUCUCCACCUCUGUCGAGCACAAUCGAAAAAGCCCCCUGGAUGUUGUAUGGAUUGGGCACUUCAAUAUUGUCAUUCCACUUCUAUUUUAAUUUGUACCUUUAUGUAUUCUGUUAUUAUAAUUUCUUCUGUGUCUUGCUUGAAUUACAAGCAAGGCUCUCUUUGUUUAUUUAUUAUUUUUAGACCAGCAAAUUUUAGCUGUAAUUUGUUGGUUCAUUCCAAUAUGUAACAAAUCAUUUUAAAAUUUAUUGUUAGCUUUAUUAAAUGACUCCUCAAAUUCAUCUUUGUAUUAUAUAAAGCAAUCGAUCAUACAUUUUACUAUUGUCAUUUUUAUGAAGCUGAAUGAUUUGCAGCUUGUCUGUUUUAAUGUGUAAUUUUUAACAAUAAAAAGUGCUUUAAA